AUGUCGGCCUCGAGCCAUAUCCCCACCAAAUCGAGUCAGGAUGACAUGGCGAGCAAGGAAUAUGUCCAAACGGAAUAUCCUUCCAUUAGCGCAUCAGAGGUCGAGGCCACAUCGCCAACAAACCUAAAGUUCGACGAGGGUGCUCUUCUAGGAGCUUGGCUAGUACAAUUCUGUGUCCUCGGGCUUCCUCUUUCGUUUGGGGUCAUGGAAAGCUUCUAUGCUGAACAUUAUCUGUCCAACUUUACACCCUCGACGAUCAAUUGGAUUGGAUCGAUCCAAUUAUGUUUUGAAUUUUUGCUUGGGGUAGUUGUUGCUGGGGUGUUCGACGCUGGCCACUUCCGCUGGAUAUCAAUACCUGCAUCUGUUCUCUUCGUAUUCUCCAUGUUCAUGCUCUCGUUGGCAAAGCAAGAACAAUAUUACCAGAUUUUCCUCUCCCAGGGGCUGGGAGCGGGAAUCGCUAUAGGCAUGCUCUACACCCCGACAUCAUCUGCUGUGUCUCAACACUUCAAAAAGAAGCGUGGAUUUGCAAUGGGAAUAAUCACCACCGGAGGUGCGUUGGGAGGUGCCUUCUUUUCGAUUGUUCUCGGUCACUUUCUCAACGGCUCCAUUGGGUUCGCCUGGGGCGUCCGAAUAUGCGCAUUUAUUUGCCUUGGUUGCCUGAUCCUCGCAAACCUGUUGAUGAGCACUCAAUACCCGCCUCCCACAUCUGUUGUCACUAACGAGCAGCCAGUCGGCAUUCCAUUGGCCCAACUCGUGCGGAGCACAUCCUACAUAUCUUUUAUCCUAUUUGCGUUUGUUAUCUCCAUCUCGUUGUACAAUCCCAUGUUCUCAGUGGAGCUCUUCGCACUCCGGAACGCACAUGUUUCCCAGGCGCUGGGUGGUUACCUGCUGGCCAUCCUCAACGUGAGCAGCAUCUUCGGGCGAUUAUUUUUCAACCGUCUCGCCGACCGUUACGGAGUAUUCGAGGUGUACAUUCCUUGUAUAACUGCUACAGGCAAGUCCGGCUUUUUACGUGUGAUCGCCUCUGUUAUGACGAAGUGCACCAGCGUGGCGUCAAUUAUCGUAUUUUGUAUCUUAUAUGGGAUAUUUUCGGGCUCCGCCGUAUCACUCUAUUUUCCCGCAGUGCUCUCUCUCGACCGGGACGUCACCCGUUCGGGCCUGCGCCUCGGUCUUGCUUCAGUCCCAGUGGGGAUCGCGAGUCUUGUUGGGACACCCAUCGCCGCUGCGGUCGUCGGCCACGACCGUUGGUGGGCAGGGUCCGUGUUCACAGGCGUGCUCGAGCUUACAGCCGCCUUGCUUCUGACCAUUUCAUUCCUGACAAAACCCAAGUACUGA